AUUCUCAAUUACGAAGAGAAACGAAAGUGAUUUUCGUCAUUAGCAUGCAAGAGUACACCAGCGUAGAAAAUUUGAAUUAAAUCUGACGAUGCAAACGAAACCAUCAACGUCUGCUUGUUAUGACUUGCUUACUCAAUAUCGUGAACAUUCCCGCUGCAGAUAUUCGGGUUUGUACAGAGAAUAUAGAGAGAGGGGCGUGGGAUUUUUACCUUAGGAUUUGACAUUAGUCCAUAUCAAACCUUUUGAAAUAAUCCCGAUUCAUUACGACCGCAUACAUGCACUUGAACAUAAUUAAAUCAAACGUAAUUAAUGGGACAACCGUAUAUUUUCUUUUCCGGUUUCAGUCCUACAUAACCAUAUCUUGUAUCAUUUUAACCAUGUUAGAUUUACCGAUUCCACCAGAACGUCUGCUAUCAGACAUUUGUACGGGCUUUCUAUUUGUUUCCACAUAUAUUUGUAUAAUCUUCCAUUAGAUAUAGCGAUGUUUCGUAAUAUAGAUGUAAAAGUCUUUACCUGCAACUGUGAGUAAUACCUGUAUAGAACAUAGUCAACCUCAAGCAGUCUAGAGGUAAGAAAAUACCAUGUCUACAUUGCAUAGUUUCUACAUACAUAAAUAAAAGACUCAUGAUAUCGAAGAUUCGGAAUCUCCGCAGUCGAAAAGGUGAGUUUCUAUAGAGAAAAAUAACCAAAAGGGAGUGCGGGCCAUGUCCUUUACCUCUGCCAAAAUAUCUAUGUAAAGAUUUAUGUUGUAAAUGUGUUAUUUUACGCAUAUCUGUGUUUCGGUGUGUUCUGUAAGCUAAACGGCAGGUGCACUUAAACAAGGUUAUAUGUCUUCCACUGUUUCGUUUUCCUUUUGGCUGCCCCAUUCCAGUUUUUUUAUUUCCCAUAUUUUGCUAUUAACCGUAAAAGAAAUUCCGUAUUUCUGAAUAUCCUCACCAUUUGCAUCUAUACCUAUACAGACACUUUUAUACAUACACAUAAUGGAUCUCCGUCGUUCGUCGAUAAGAAUUCAGGUGUAAGACCAACUGAAUUACCUACCCCUGAAUUCCCGUGAGUCGCUGGUACGUGGAAGUCUUCAUACAAGAACCUCUGACACGAAGCUGACCUCUUUGGAAUUGCUGGUAGAGCAGUUUCCUACUGUCCAAUUUCAUUCUGGUCAACUGGACACUGCAGAAAGUGUCAUUUGUCCAAAGUGUCACGCAGUAGGACAGAACGAGGGACCUCGUGGUUAAGGAAACGUCUUGACCAUUCGGCCGUACUGUGCCAACAUAUAUCUUCGCGCGCGCGCGAAGAAACUGCUUGAUGACGUGGAACUUCGCAAGAAAGUUUUAACACUGGAAAACUUCAAGAAUAUCAGAUGAAAAGAACAUUUGACUGCAGUUCUUAUUUAUUUUAUGUUUUAAAGACUAAUGGAAGAUACACAAAACAAACACCUUCAUUUUUGUAUAAAUCUCUGAAGAAUUACAGUGAAAUAUUUCUUGUGAAUUGAGAUUGAGAACAAAAUCUAUCUACUUCACAAUUUGGAAUUUAUUCAAAAUGAUUUGAUAUUCAAGUGAAAAUUGGAGAAAAUUUACCUUUUAAAUGUGAUGGCAGCAAAGUCAUUACACCAGUGUGAUAUAUGUAAAAAGACUUUCUCUCAUGGAGGCAACCUUACUACCCACAAACUCAUUCAUACAGGAGACAAACCCUAUCACUGUGAUAUCUGUGGGAAAUCAUUCUCUCGAGCAAGUACUUUAACUACACACAAAUAUAUUCAUACUGGAGAGAAGCCAUAUCGCUGCGAUAUCUGUGGUAAAUUAUUCUCUCAUGCAGGUACCUUAACAAGACACAAACGUAUUCAUACAGGAGAUAAACCAUAUCGCUGUGAUAUCUGUGGUAAAUCAUUCUCCCAAAAUGAUCAUUUAGGUAGCCACAAACACAUUCAUACUGGAGAGAAGCCAUACCAUUGUGAUAUCUGUGGCAAGUCCUUCUCAGAGACAAGUAGCUUAACUGCUCACAAACGCUUUCAUACAGGUGAGAAGCCUUAUCACUGUGAUGUCUGUGGUAAGUCAUUCUCUCAGAGAGGUAACUUAUCUACACACAUGUUUAUUCAUACAGGAGAAAAAAAAUACCAUUGUGAUAUUUGUGGUAUGUUAUUCUCACGCAGGUUUCACUUAACUCGACACAAACUCACUCAUACAGGCGAGAGAUCAUACAGCUGUGAUAUCUGUGGUAAAUCAUUCUCUGAAAGUAGUAUCGUAAUUAAGCACAAACGCAUUCAUACCGGAGAGAAACCAUAUCACUGUAAUAUCUGUGGCAAAUCAUUCUCAGGAGGAAGUACCCUAACUAUUCACAAACGGAUUCACACAGGAGAGAAACCAUAUCACUGUGACAUCUGUGGUAAAUCUUUCUCUGCAAGUUUUGGUUUAACUAGACACAAACGAAUUCAUACAGGAGAAAAGCCAUAUGAGUGUGAUAUCUGUGGUAAAACGUUCUGCGAUGGAAGUGCAUUAGUUACUCACAAACGGAUUCAUACAGGAGAGAAACCAUAUCACUGUGACAUCUGUGGUAAGUCUUUUGCGCAAAGUGGUGAAUUAAACCAACACAAAUGCAUUCAUACUGGAGAGAAACCAUAUCAAUGUGACACCUGUGGUAAAUCAUUCUUGCAAAGAAGACUUCUAACUGCUCACAAACAUACCGUUACAAGGGAUAAAUUAUGUGAUUGACCAUCAUCCUCAUUUAACAUCUGUUUUUCCAUGCUGGCAUGUGUUGAAUGGUUUUUGACAUGCAAGCCAGAGGAUUGCACCAAGCCUUACUGUCUGGUUUGGCAUGGUUUCUAUUGCUGGAGGCCCUUCCUAAUAACAAUCACUUUACAAAGUGUACCAGGUGCUUUUGACAUUGGCACAGCACUAGCGAGGUCAAACAUAUUCAUACAAAUUUACUCACAAGGCAUUGGUCGGCCUGGGAACAGAAGACAAUUGCCCAAGGUGCCAUUAAUGGAACUGUACCUCAAACCAUGUGAUUGCGAUGCAAAUGCCUCACAGCCAUCUCUCCAUGGGAAAUCAUUCUCUGAAACUGCUUACUUUCUCACAAAUGCUUUCAUACAAGACACCAACCAUAUUACCAAGAUAUCUGUGGGAAAUUAAUCUCAGUUAACUAUUCUGUGUAGUCAUAUUCAUGAGUAAUUCUUAAUAUCAAAAUUAGUUCUAUGAAAGAAAAAAUUUAUCUUAUAUAACCACAUAUGUAUACACACAGGAAAGACUAUAUAACUGUGCAAACACCCUGUGACAUAUGACUAUUUCCACCUUGUUGAAAUAACUUAAGGUAUUUUUUUAAUAAAAGCAUUCUUUUAUGAUAUUUGAAUAUAUUCUGUUUACUGUUUCUUUUAUGUUUGCCUGUCCAAAGUGAUGACGACCAUCUGGUCAUCAUUAAGAAUGACUAAUGUCUUGCACAAUGAAUCUUCAUUUUCGCGCUAGAAUUGUUGUUGCUUUGGUGGCCUAACAGGUCAGGAUGUUUAGAAGUGGAGGUUUCAAAUCUCUGCCAGAAAUUACAAAAGACAUUAUUAAAUACUUUUAUUUAAGCAACCAAAUUUCACU